AUGUCGUCCACGGCGAGAAAUAUAUCUGGCGGUGGAAACCGAAAGUCGAGUAGGCUGCAGCGGCGGGCUCCACCGCCUCUAAAGAUAAACCAAUCCCAAGCGAAUUGGAAUGUGGCUAUUCCUCUUUUAUCACCUACGGAGUCGCCGCCGCAGAUGCCACCGGCUGUGAUGAAGAGAGAAGAGAAACGUCGGGGAAAAGAGACGGAGAAGCUGCCAGUUUUCAAGAAGUGGCAGCACCCGGCGGCUCCGUUUUACUACCAGCCAGCGCCGUCAUCGAAUCAGCCGUUUGCAUGGCCCAACUAACGCUCUCUUAAUUAUAUUAGGGCUAACGUAUAUACCUAUGCUUUAUAUGCCGACCGUAUGGAUACAAACAUAUCAAAAUAUCAUUGGUUA